AUGGCGAAGCGACCAGCCGACUCGGAGCAGGAGCAGGAGGCGAUCAAAAACGGAGACCGGCCCAUGGAAAUCGACCAAGACGAGGUCGGCGACUUUGAGGACGAGUUCGAGGAUGAGUUUGAGAGCGAGGACGAGAUUCUCGAGGCGGGUGUAGAUGGUCGCCCUGACGAGGAGAGGGAAGCGGAAGAGCGCGAAAAUGGCAUGGACGUUGAUCAAGGCACCUUCAUACCCGGUCGACACAAGCUCUCGCCCGGCGAAACCCUCAACCCCGAUCUUUCCACAUACGAGAUGCUCCACACACUCGAAGCGCCAUGGCCGUGUCUGUCAUGCGACAUAAUACCAGACGGCCUGGGCUCAGACCGCAAAACCUACCCCGCAACCGUGUACGCAGUAGCAGGCACCCAAGCGGCGCGAGGACGGGACAAGGAGAACCAAAUCAUGGUGAUGAAGAUGAGCAGUCUGUCGCGUAUGGAGAAGGAAGACGAGGAAGAGGAAGAUGAUUCCGACGACGAGGCUUCCGAUCCGAUUCUCGAGACCAAGUCGAUACCACUGACGAGCUGCACGAACCGCAUACGCGCACACCAGACACCGCAAAGCACAUCCGCCGCGCCUCCCACCACCCUCACAGCCGCCAUGACCGAGUCAGGGCAAGUCCUGGUCUACGAUGUCACCCCACACCUCACUGCCUUUGACAUGCCUGGUACCACCAUCACUCCCACACAAAACAAGCCUGUAUGCACAAUACGCGCACACAAGGCCAACGAGGGCUAUGCGCUGGACUGGUCGCCACUGAUCCCCGAAGGAAAGCUUCUGACGGGUGACGUUGCUGGCAACAUCUUCACCACCACCCGAACACAAGGCGGAGGCUUCGUCACCGACACCACACCGUUCACGGGACACAAGGGCACUGUGGAAGAGCUGCAAUGGUCGCCAACGGAGAAGCACGUCUUCGCUUCAGCAUCGAACGACGGCACAGUCAAGAUCUGGGAUGCGCGAUCAAAGUCCCGCAAAGCAGCCGUCAGCGUCAAAGUCUCCAAGACCGACGUCAACGUCCUAAGCUGGUCGCAUCAGACCGCACAUCUCCUCGCCACCGGUGCUGAUGACGGCGAAUGGGCCGUCUGGGACUUGCGACAAUGGAAGCCUUCAACGUCCAUGGCCAGCGACGUCAAGCCCACGCCUGUCGCAAACUACACUUUCCACAAGGAGCAAAUCACGUCUGUCGAGUGGCACCCUACCGACGACAGUAUUGUGCUUGUUUGCGCUGGCGACAACACACUCACACUGUGGGAUCUGGCUGUCGAGCUCGACGACGAAGAGAGCAGGGACACCGCGGGUGUGCAGGACGUGCCACCGCAGUUGCUGUUUGUACAUUACAUGGACCAGAUCAAAGAAGCGCACUGGCACCCGCAAAUACCAGGCACCAUCAUGGCAAACGGGUGGGUCAGGGUUCGGUGUCUUCAAGACGAUUAG